AUUUCCCAAGAUUCUAAGUGUGUACUCGCCUGUCAGUUAGUUGUGUGUGUGGUGAAUGUGGAGUGAGGGGAAAAGGACUAAAAUGGCCCUCCAAAGAAAUUCUUUAUCUCGUAGAGGGUCAAAGAACGACUCUUCCAAAGACGAAGAAGAAAUUGAUAAUAACGGUUAUAUACAAGUGUUAGUAAAACCAUUAGAAAGGGGUAAUUUGUGCAGUUUGCUCGCUAAUUGGAUAGGUUUAGAUGAUUCCAAUGUGUCAGAAAAUGUUGGUGUCUUCUACGGAAUGGCUUUUCUUGGACUUAGUUUCGUUAUAUACCAGUUGUGUGACAUGGGGCUGUUUUUUCAGCGUCUGUGCUCAGUAUUUGUACCCAUGUUUACAGUAAUUUGUGCAUUCUACUGGGUAGCACUAUACCUCAGAAAGUCAUGGAGUACCACUAGUGUUUAUCUUUUAUUUUGUGCAUGCUUUGUUGGAGAGACUUUCGCUCAGCUGACCUUUGGACAGUGGCGGUACGAGCCAGACACUGACCAAGAUGGCGGUUACCUCAGCCGUCCUGCGAUAUUAUUUAUUGUUCUACUAUCAGUUUGUACAGCGAGCAUAUUUUCUUCAUUAGAGACUACAAACAGCGCAAUUGUGAUUUCUUUAGUUAGUUUUUCGCGUUUUUUAAUGUGUUCCUCCGUGGGUAUUAUUCCAUUUGGAUUAAGACCAUACGUAGCAUAUAUUUGCGGCUUAGGAGGGUAUAUUGUCUCAAAAUAUAUGGAAAUGGUUCUAAAACCUCCUAUUAAUAACUUCAUGACGCACGACGGGAAAAUACCAGUUAUUAAGCGCCGCCGUUCCAGUUCAUCAACUGCCCAUGCGUUUUCUGCACAUAGAUCUACCAGACGAACAUCAUUACCAGCAUUAAUACCAAAGAAUCAGAGUUCGUCAUCCAGCUAUGACUCGGCGAUAAUUGGGGAAGCCCAUGGGCUCAUUACGGACAUGUUGGCUGACGCGAAUCUUCCACCACAUGUUGUCAGUGGUCUAAGAGCUGUCAGUAAUCUACUCAAGCCUGCUGAACAUCAUUCUUCCAUGCAUAAAACCAGAGUAAGCCCCCUUGUCUCGCUCACAGAGUCCACAUCGUACGGUUCCGACUCUGAAGAAAAUCCAUACACUGGGGAACGACCCUCAUCACUACCAAAGAGAUUACGACGUAGUUUACCUCCAAGUUUACUACGUAGAAUGUCUACCAGUACUUGGACAACCACAACAUCGGCAACCGGGAUGCCGACAUUGGAGCUGGAGCCAUGUCGUGUAAGAAGUUCAAGUUUCCGGCAUUCCCGAGAUACCACACCCGGUUCUAGUCCAGUCGAGAGCCGGAGCAAUAGCCCGUCACCAAGUUCCCCAACAGUUGUUCUAACAAUACCAAAAUCACGUUCUUUUUCAUUGGCAGCUACACAACCUUCCACUUCCUCCGCAAACUCGCACCUCAAAAGACUGACAAGAAAAAGUGUUACUCCAUUAUCAAAUACAGAUGGCGCCACGUCAUCGAAUAGUAAAAUAAGUCCACUUGUUAAAGCAGAAAUUCAGGACUCUAAUGAAGAGCGUAUGCGAAUAACUGCUCACAACAAAGAGCACUUGACUUCCAUUCGUAAAAAUAUAACGUCAGAUUACGAGAGUUGUAACGAGUCUCCAAGUUCAAGUGAUCAUAGUGAUAAUAUACCAACGGUGGAUGAAUUCUCAGCUUCUCCUCCGAAGAAAGUAUCGGCAAGAGUUGUGGACAACACCGCACAACAGAUAGCCCGUGUGAGUGCAGCUGCACGAGAUUUUGUGCCAAUAAGUGAUCCUCCUUCUUCCCCCUGUGAUGUUGAUGAUUUACAUCCUGUUCAUGAUUUUCGUGUUCAUCAAACUGACGACGAGAGUAGAGAAGGCGCUGCUGAUGAUGAAGAUGACGGCGAUGACGAUGACGACAAAUCCACGUCACAGCUUCCAUCGUCUCCCUCACAGACUGAUUUAUAUUCAAAUAAAAAUUUGUCUCAAAAAGAGCCUAGUGACUCUGUAGUGGUGGCAGAUUCUUCGGAUAAGCUUGUCGUGGAUAUUUCGGAUAUAGACAGUUGUAAAUAUCUCCAAAUAGCAUCUUUAAAUAGCUGGGAUUAUCCUAUUUUUGAAGCGGCUAGCUUGCACAGUAAUUGUAUACUCAGCAAGGUUGCAUAUAAGUUAUUUAUGGAGGUAGGGUUGUUUGAAACAUUCCGGAUACCAGUGGCUGCUUUCAUGAACUACUUCCACGCACUAGAGCUAGGAUAUAGAGAUAAGCCAUAUCACAAUCGGGUACAUGCGACUGACGUGUUACACGGGGUGUAUUAUAUGAGUACACAGCCUAUUCCUGGUUUUACACAAGUCAGCACCACAGAUAUAUUUCCUAGGCAAGGAUCCUCAAGUGAAUCAGAAGGAGAUAGUGAAAGGUCGCCACCAUCUUACAGAGCGAACAGUUUUGCUGCUGAUGACAGUUACGGUAUUAUGGGCGGGAAUUUCCCGCCUCUAGAACUGAUGGCCAUGUUUACUGCUGCCGCCAUGCAUGACUAUGAUCAUCCAGGUCGUACAAAUGCAUUCCUAGUUGCCACACACGCACCUCAGGCUGUACUAUACAAUGAUCGCUCAGUUCUAGAAAACCACCAUGCUGCGUCUGCUUGGAACCUGUUCCUGUCAAGUCCCGAUUUUAACUUCCUGUCAGGUCUUGAUCAGGCGGAGUUUAAGAGGUUUCGUUACCUUGUUAUUGAAGCUAUCCUCGCUACAGAUCUAAAACGCCAUUUUGAAAUAUUAGCGGAAUUUAAUGCCAAAGUAAAUGAUGACCAUGCUGUUGGUAUUGACUGGACAGUAGAGACAGACCGACUACAGGUGGCACAGAUGGUUAUAAAACUCGCUGAUAUAAACGGUCCAGCUAAAAUUAAAGAUCUACACACGUCCUGGACUUACAGAAUAGCUGAAGAAUUCUAUGAACAGGGUGAUGAAGAGUCUAGAUUAGGAAUGCCCAUAUCUCCUUAUAUGGAUAGAAGAAAUCCACAGUUACCUAAACUCCAGGAAACAUUUAUAAAUCACCUGGUGGCGCCACUGUGCAACUCUCUAGUUACAGCCGGUUUAUUACCUGGUACCUGGGUGGAGGAAGACAGUGACAAUGAAGGUGAAUCCGACACAGAAAAAGGUGAUAAUAUGAUGAAAGACACUGAAGACGAGACCGAGACUGAUACUGAAUGUG